CAUGGAUAAGCACGAAAAAUCCGCUUUGAGAAAGAAACGUCCGUUAUUGAUGAAUGUCCUCUCUUUUACGGAAGAAAAACGAAAAAUCUACAUUGCUAAGGGCUUACUAACUAAGGAUAUUGACUAUCAUAUUUCGCAACAUAACAAAACGGAAAGGGGUAGGCUGUCAAAAUGGUUCGAGUAUCUGACGACUUUGGAAGAAACGAAUGUUUUUGACAAAAUAUGUCAAUUAUUAAUCGAUGAGAAGCAAGAUUGGCUUGCCGAUGAAAUAAAAGCCUAUGUUCUAUCACAAAAAGGCGAAAUAUUAGUUGAAGACUACGUUAUGCGGGAAGCUGCGUCGGAUGUUCACAAAGAGUUUGGCAGUAGUAGAAGAGUAUCGGAGAGAGAUAAAAAGGGAAUCGAAGCGAUCAUUGCUGAACGUCAUCAAUCGACGAAAGAGGCUUGGUCAAUAUCGAUAAGGUCUCUACGACAACAAUUGGACGAUUUAAGGAAUGAAAGAUGGAAAGAUUCAACAAAAAUAAAUGAAUUAACGGAAAAAAUCGAUAUAUAUUUAAGGAUACAAAAGAAUAGGAUAAAUAACGAGGCGCAUGACACGCAACGUCCCCUUAAUCCUGAUUCAUCAACUACCGACAACAAUCUUGACAAGCUAGAAUGUCAGGUUGAUAUCCUCCUGAAAUCUAUUUCUAGGAUCUUAUUCGAUAAUGAAAACUAUUUGGACGAAAGAAAACGUAUAAUUGAAUUACUGGACUUAAACAAAGGUGUCACUAAACUUGAUAUGUACGUUGCCGAGGCUCUCGAAAGAGCAAAGACAGCUGCAGAUAAGAAAGACAGUCAGGCUAGAGUUUCCAAUGAGGCUGCUCUUUCUUUUCAAUCUCAAUUGAAAUCGUUUAAAAUAGAUGCUGACAGGCAAUUAGAGGAGAAAUUAAGGAAUGAAAAAUAUUUAAAAACACUAAAUGAACAGAGGCGUCGAAAUGCUGAAGGACUACAAAAGUUGCUGUUAAGUGAACGUCAUCGUAUAAAGGAAUUAGAGGAGGAUGUGAACAAGUGGAAAGCAAAGUGCGAGCAACUAGAGAAGACAAGAAGAUUGGGCUAUCAUUAUCCAGGAUGGUAUAAUGUUGUUUAUAAGAGUUGCGAAAUGAACAAAAGAGGAAGUAUGCCGUCCAUAAAUCGUUCCAAAUCAAAUUAUACUAAACCCACUAAAUUAUAA